AUGGCUCUUCGCGCAGUGGACUGUCUGUGGAAUGGUCUCCUAGUUGGGGAACCAUUGCGGCUGCUUCAACUUCUAUACAGUGUGUACGCUAUUGCCAGUCGCAAAGAGAACAAGGAAAUCAAUUUGGACAGCUUAACGUCAUCGAUAAUGCGUUGUGUACUGUACAUCUUGAGUAGACCAAUCGAAAAUGUACAAGUCCAAAUGUCCGUUUUGGACACCCUCUCCUCAGUGGUGACGAAACGGUACAUUUUUCUUUCCUCAAACGAGAGCUGGUUCUUCACUUCACUGACCCAUCUGAUCUUCAUGCUUAGUGUUACACCAGAUAUAAUGCAGCAAGAUGGGGAAGCGUUGGAGAAAGCGAGCGCGCAGGUCGCCGUGUGCGCAUCCAGAGUUUGGACAGAUGUGAUCUCAUCUAAGAAAGCAUUACUAGAAGAAUCAUUUAAGAAGCCAACAGUUUGUGAAUUGAAUGCAGCAAGGGCAUUAUUGGCAAAUGUCGCUGGCCAACACUGGCAUCAUUUUGUAGACAGUCAGCUGUCAGGACAUUGUCAAAAUCACACGAUCUCAAGAGAUAUUCAAACCCAGAUAAGCUCGAGUCGGUCAAAUAAGAUAACUCGAGUUGCAUCAGGCUUGAGCAAAUUAGCCAGCAAAAGAUCUCUGAGUUCGCAUGGAAGCAUCAGUGCCAUUUUACCUUGGAAGAAUGUGAGCGUGGAUAAGGAAGUAAGUUCAAAGUUGUGCGAAAAAGUUAUGACUAUCAAAAAUAAGUACCAUUUACAUCAGAUCCUUCGCUUGCCAACAAGGAACGUGGCGGUGAUUCACAUGUGGCUUCGAGUGCACGUUAGUCUUGUGAAGGAGUUGGUGGUAGCACAAGCUACGCGAUAUCACGAAUGGCAUGCGCAUGCCAAAAAGUGGUCAUUGCACGAAUGGCAUCAGCUGGAAGCCGAGCUUACGCGAGAGCGCGGGAUAUGGGGGCCUGAAAAAGCAUCGAUCCUCGACAAAUACAAACUUGACACCACCGAAGGACCAUCACGUACUCGACGAAAAAUGAUUCCUAAUCGAUUCUUUUACCAUACAUUUCCGUACAGGCCUCAUCUAGAUGAGCCUGGAGCUGUAAGUUUGAUUCCAUUAGAAGGCUACACAUCAAAAUAAAU